AAAAAAUAAAUUGUAUUUGAAUGUUGAGAGGUCUUGCAAAUAAGGGACAUGGCACUUCCUGGCUUGUACAGUAUCUUUUUCUUUUUUUUUGGUCUAUGAGAGUUAUAAAGGACAUAUCCUGACCAAAUGCUCUGUAUUUACCGAGGUAACUAAAACACCGCUCCUCACAUGCAUGGAGCAGCGUGCGUGCGGGUGUGUUUUUGCGCGCGUGUGUGCAGGGCGGUGCAGCAGCAGAGAGACAACCCCCGGCUGCCAGCUGGUUCAAGAUGAGCUGUUAUUCGUGGUGACCGGCAGUUGUUUUUGUUUAAAGUGGAGGGUUUGGAGCUUUGUUUUUAUGUCUAAUAGCACAACAAUAUCCAAAAGACACACUUUUUUAAUCCCGGAAACUUGACUGCGGCUGCAGGAGCUAACUCACCUGGAUCCGUAAUGGAGCGGCAGAGAGUUAGCAUGAUUGAACACUUUAAUUGUAGGAAAUAAUUAUUGAAUGCGCUGUCUGCUCGUCCUGUUUUUUUUUAACACUUUGUGCAUCCUCUGAGCUGAGUCAUGGUUGGUGGAGGAUCUGCUGAUCUGGCUCCGUCAGUCGCUGUCAAAAUCUUCUCCGCCGGAGCAGCUGGCUGUGUGGCCGACCUGGUCACCUUCCCUCUAGACACAGCCAAAGUGCGACUGCAGAUUCAAGGUGAAUCUACGCCCUCAUUGAAAGGCCAGAGGAUGAAAUUCCGAGGUGUGUUCGGCACCAUCUUCACCAUGGUGAAGACCGAGGGCCCCAGGAGCCUGUACAGCGGUCUGGUGGCAGGCCUGCACCGACAGAUGAGCUUCGCCUCCGUACGCAUCGGCCUGUACGACAGCAUGAAGCAGUUCUACAGCAGAGGCUCAGAAAGUAUGUUUCCAAGUGUUAACAGACGGUCAACCAAUCAGUGCAGCUCUUUCCAUCACUUAUUCUGGCCUGCAGUUGCAAACAAAAAUGAUUUCUGGGAUCACCUUCAAGAUGCUUUUGUGCAGGGGUGCUCAAACUGUUUUAUUAAAGGUCCACUUGUGAAUUUUAUACAAGGUCCGGAUAAAUGCCAGUAAAGUCGAGUAAAAUUAUUUUUGAUAUGAAAUACUCCAAAUCUCCAC